AUGAAAUCCUUCUUUUUGAUGUUCUUCUUCCUCAUCUCGGUGUCCAACGGAUCCUCGGCCGUCAUCACGGGAGCGUGCGAGAAAGACUCCCAGUGCGGAGGAGGGAUGUGUUGUGCGGUGAGUUUGUGGAUUCGCAGCCUGCAUAUGUGUACACCCAUGGGCCAGGAAGGACACGGCUGUCACCCCCUGAGCCACAAAGUUCCUUUCUUCAGGAAAAGACUCCAUCAUACGUGUCCAUGUCUUCCCAACCUGGCGUGCGUGACGGUAGAGGAGGGAAGAUCCAAAUGUCUGCCAUACCAGACAGAGCAAGAUUACAUCUGA